AUGUUUCAAAGCUGUCCCGUGUUUUCCCGGCAGGUGUCGGCCGUGGAUUCCUUGGAAGGUCCCCUCCUGCAGGUGGAAGGGCUGAGUGACCUGAGGCUGGAGCUGCACAGCAAGAAGAUGAACCUGCACCUGGUGCUGAUCGACGAGCUGCACCGGCACCUCUACAUCAAAUCCACCAACCGCGUGGGCCAGCGCGGCAAGGACAGGGGCAGGAUCGGCUCCCUGGUGAAAGAUGCCUCUCCUGUGCCUCUGAUGGAUGUCACUAAUUUAUCCACACCUCGGAAGUUCCUGGAAACCUCCCAGUUCAGCACUCCUGGAAGCUCCAGCAUGCGAGACUCGAGCCUGCUGGAAAUCAAGGAAGACACGGAACUGGAUCCAGAGGAGAACAGCAGUGUCUUCAUGGGAAUUCUCAUCAAAGGGCUGGCCAAGCUGAAAAAAAUCCCAGAGACAGUGAAAGCCAUCCAGGAUCGCUUGGAGCAGGAGCUCAAGCAGAUUGUGAAGAGAUCCACGACUCAGGUGGCUGACAAUGGUUACCAGAGAGGGGAGAAUAUUUCCCAGGAAAACCAGCCCAGGUUGCUGCUGGAGCUGCUGGAGCUCCUCUUCGACAAGUUUAACGCGGUGGCCGCCGCGCACUCGGUGGUCCUGGGGCACCUCCAGCAGACAGUGGCCUCUCCCUGCAGCCAGCACGAUGGGGACAUCAAGCUCUACGACAUGGUUGACGUGUGGGUGAAGAUCCAGGAUGUCCUGCAGAUGCUGCUGACAGAGUACCUGGACAUGAAGAACACCCGCACGGCCUCGGAGCCCUCGGCCCAGCUGAGCUACGCCAGCUCCGGCCGGGAAUUCGCCGCCUUCUUCGCCAAGAAGAAACCCCAGAGACCUAAAAACCCCCUGUUCAAGUUUGAGUCCUCCUCCCACGCCAUCAGCAUGAGUGCCUACCUGCGGGAGCAGAGGAGGGAGCUGUACAGCAGGAGCGGGGAACUGCAAGGAGGACCGGAUGAUAACUUAAUUGAAGGUGGCGGAUCCAAGUUUGUCUGCAAACCGGGAGCCAGGAACAUCACCGUCAUCUUUCAUCCCCUCCUCAGGUUUAUCCAGGAGAUCGAGUUUGCCAUGGAGCUUGGCCCAGCCAAGCAGUGCCCCCUCAGGGAGUUCCUCACCAUGUACAUCAAGAACAUCUUCCUCAACCAGGUCCUGGCUGAGAUCAACAAGGAGAUCGAAGGCGUCACCAAGGCGUCGGACCCGCUCAAGAUCUUGGCCAACGCGGACACCAUGAAGGUCCUGGGGGUGCAGAGGCCUCUGCUGCAGAGCACGGUGAUUGUGGAGAAGACGGUGCAGGACCUGAUGAACCUGAUGCACGACCUGAGCGCGUACUCGGAUCAGUUCCUCAACAUGGUGUGCGUGAAGCUCCAGGAGUACAAGGACACCUGCACCCUGGCCUACAGGACCAUCGUGCAGUCGGAUGAGAAGCUGGUGAUCAGCGCGUCCUGGGCCAAGGACGACGACAUCAGCAGGCUCCUAAAAUCCCUGCCCAACUGGAGCAACAUGGCCCAGCCCAAGCAGCUGAGACCCAAGAGGGAGGAGGAGGAAGACUUUAUAAGGGCCGCUUUCGGCAAAGAAUCCGAAGUUCUCAUCGGCAACCUGGGCGACAAACUGAUCCCUCAGCAGGAGAUCCUGCGCGACGUCAGCGACCUCAAGGCCUUGGCCAACAUGCACGAGAGCCUGGAGUGGCUGGCAGGGCGCACCAAGGCAGCUUUCUCCAGCCUCUCCACCUCCCAGACCAUGUCUCCAGGCCAGGACAGCCACUGCAGCAUGGAACAACUCCCUGCAUCCGAACAGAUCCUGCAAACGCUGAGUGAGCUGGCCAGGUCUUUCCAGGAGAUGGCCGAUCGCUGCCUGCUGGUUCUGCACCUGGAAGUCAGGGUUCAUUGCUUCCACUACCUGAUCCCUCUGGCCAAGCAGGGGAACUAUGCCAUCGUGGCCAACGUGGAGAGCAUGGACUAUGACCCGCUGGUGGUGAGGCUCAACAAGGACAUCAGCGCCAUCGAGGAGGCCAUGAGUGCCAGCCUCCAGCAGCACAAGUUCCAGUACAUCUUCGAAGGGUUGGGCCACCUCAUCUCCUGCAUCCUCAUCAACGGCGCCCACUACUUCAAGCGCAUCAGCGAGUCCGGCAUCAAGAAGAUGUGUCGGAACAUCUUCAUCCUCCAGCAGAACCUGACCAACAUCACCAUGUCCCGGGAGGCCGACCUGGACUUUGCCAGGCAGUACUAUGAGAUGCUCUACAACACGGCAGACGAGCUGCUGAACCUGGUGGUGGAUCAGGGGGUGAAGUACACGGAGCUGGAAUACAUCUACGCCCUCAACCUGCUGCACCGCAGCCAGACGGGCGUGGGCGACCAGACCACGCAGAACAUGAGGCUGCAGCGGCUCAAGGAGAUCAUCUGUGAGCAGGCUGCCAUCAAACAGGCCACCAAGGACAAGAAGAUCACCACGGUGUGACCCACCCUUCCCCUCACACCCAUGGGAGAGCCGGGACUGGCAGGUGGCAGGUCCAGGCCUCUGUCUGUGUACUGGUGGGGAGGGAAAUGCCACCUGGGAUUUGGG